UCGGAGAAAGGUCUGAGUCAGUUCUGCGUUUGUUCUUUAUUUAGUUCUUUAUUUAGUUCUUUAUUGUAGUUAUUUAUUUAGUUCUUUAUUUAGUUCUGAGUUAGUUCUGAGUUAGGUCCGAGUUUAAGCUGGAGUAAUGUGUGAGUCAGAUCUGAGUUUAGGUCUGAGUUAGGUCUAAGUUAUGCCGGACUUAAGUGUGAGUUGGAUCUUGGUUUAGGUCUGGUCUCAGUGGCUGAGAGUGAAAUCAGUAUGUUCCUUUUGUCGCACACCUCAGUCAACAUAGCUACUCGGCUGGGGCAGCACUAGCUGAGCAGAGUCAACUGAGUCAACAUCAGCUGAGCAGAGUCAACUGAGUCAACGCCAGCUGAUCUGCAUCAACUUAUUCAACACCAGCUGAGAUGAGGCAUCAGGGAGGCCCAGCUGAGUCAACAGCAGAUGAGAUUCAGAGCUGAGUUCCUUGCACUUCCGUUGGUCCGAUUGGCAGAAGGAAGGUUACAUCGGCAGUCUGGACUCCAAAGAUGGCCCCAGGUCAACCAGUUAGUCAACCGGGUCAACCAGCUGGUCAGCGCAGUCAGCUUGCUGAUCAAAAUGGUCAACCAGACGCUCAGCAUCGUUUCCAGUCAAAACAUUGCCAACACUGUGGGUACGAGGGUACGGGAUUCGCAUCUGCUAGAGGUUCUAGAAACCUCACACCCACAGAAGACAAGGCGGUCUUUGCUAUGGAAUCUCCUGCCCGCCUUAGAGGAGCCGGGCCCCUUGAUCCCGAUGAGGAAGAUGCAGUGAUGAGUCAAAGCGGACCGCCACACGGGACCGGCAUCGGGAAGCUAUGGAAAUCAGAGGGACGAAUCAACUUCACGGCUGCGCCAAAUGGCGAUCGGGAUGCGUAUCGGCACCACGGUCGGGAUCAGGUUCGGCAUCAGGAACGUGGCCGAGAACAGGGCCGGGAGUAUUCGACAUCCAGGAUGACGCGACUGCAAGGUGGUGGAGUUGAUGAGGGUAAAGGUUUGAAGCCUGCCAUGCAGAAUGCAGAAACCAAUACCAGCUGUCCAAUUCCAUCCCAUGCAGCAUUCCUUAAUCUGGAAAGUUCCCUAAUGAGGAAAAAGAAGAGACUGGCAACAAAUGACCCUGGAAGAGGAUGUCUUUGUCGAUCCUUUGUCAGAAGCGACCAUGCUCCAGCCAACUUGUCGAUUCACAUCGAGGGAGCGGAUUCAGAAACAGGGUCAUCAAAACUCCGGGUGAAACGGAAAGCAUCCGUUUGGAGAAUGAAGGGCGCUUCCGGAAGCUGCAUCUGUCCGUAUGGUCGAAGACAAUCCGGAAGCGUUGUGGACGAGUCUGGAUGUCUGAGGAAAAGCAGGAGAUUGCGGUGUCAGCACUCGAGAGGAGGAGGAGGAGGAGGAGGCGGAGGAGGAGGAGGAGGAAGAGGAGGAGGAGCAGGAGGGGUACCACAUGGCUGUUCACACAGAGAGUUACUUAAGAAUAGCAUGUUGGUAGAGAAAUCGCUGGCGACUGGCAAUGAGAAUCCUUCAACGAUCAAAUUGAACGAAAGAUCGGUCAACGGUGGAGACGGAGGAGGGAUUGGUCAUUCCGAAAGUGCCCGAGCUAAGGAUGACCUUCCCACUUUAGGAAACCUUUCCACUUCAGGAACGUUGGUAUCGCUUCCGCUCCAGGGAUUGGAGAGGGUAUCUGCCCAGGACGUGCUAUCUUUGCGCCAGCACCUUGAUCAUGCCGAAUCCCAGCUUAAGAAAGCGCUAGCGAGGGCGGAAGCUGCGGAACGGAAACUGGAAGAGGAGCGGGAGGUGUGCUUGGGACAAAGCAAGAAACAGCGGGCGGAGUUGGAGGAGAUGACAAAAGAAUUACAGAAGAAAUUACUCCGGGUGGCAUUUGACUUUGACUUUGACUUCAAGCUCGACUUUGACUCUGCCUUUGAGCUCAACUUGGACUUGGACUUGGACUCUGACUUCGAGCUCAACUUGGACUUGGACUUUGAAUUUGACUUUGACUCUGACUCUGACUUUGAGCUCGACUUUGAGCUCGACUUUGAGCUCGACUUUGAGCUCGACUUUGAGCUCGACUUUGAGCUCGACUUCGACUCUGACUCUGACUUGGACUCUGACUUGGAAUUUGAAUCUGACUUUGACUUUGACUUUGACUUUGACUUUGACUUUGACUUUGACUUUGACUUCCACUUUGAGUGUGACUUUGACUUUGCCUUUGACUUCCACUUUGAACUAGAGGAGGAACUGGCGCGGAAAACAAGCGCGAAUGGGCAGGUUCCUGAGCUCAAAGAAAGGCUGGAGCAGGCACAAAGGGAGAGGACAGAGGCAGCUGAAAGAGCCUCAGAGUUGGAUGGAACCGUGAAAAAACUAAGUGUUGAGCUGGACCGGGAGAGAGAGGCGAAGAUUGCACUGGAGGCAAGACAAUUGGAGCUUGAGGAGAAACAACGAGAACUAGAGGAGCGACUGCACCUGGAGGAAGAAGCUCGCCGCCGAACCAGUGAACAAAAUAGACAACUGGACAUCUCGUUGCAGUCUCUGAAUGAUGGGAACAGUACUCUCAUGGAGUCUUUGCGAGCGACCGAAGAGGAGUUAUACAAGGCCAGAGAGGAAGUUAGAUGGGCUCGUGCGCAGGUGGAGAGUGCGAACGAGAUGGCCUCUGCUGCCCGCAACGAAGCCACUCAUCACAUUUCUCUGUUG